AUGGAGAGUAACGCCGAUCGUGUGGAAUGCAUCGCCUGUGGUGCCGUUUGGUUGAAAGACUCGGCGCAUGGCUUAAUAUGCCCGCAUUGCGACUCCGAAUUCACGGAAAUUGUUGAGAUCCCCCCCGAGAUUCCCUCCGACAGUCCCCAAGAGCGUGCCUCACCUACAUCGCAACCACGCAACCCGUGGGCAGACCACAACCCUUGGGGAAUAGACGAAGACCCUUUUGGAACGACACCAAGAGAUUUCCCUUCUGGAUUUCACCGUACAUACAGAUCGCCCGACGGGCGUUUUACCUUCAGCAGUACCACGCUGGGUACCGGUCUGUCCUCAAGCCCGCGCGGCGCAUACGGAACCAACACUGGGAUCCCGAUGAUGAUGCAGAACUUCGACACCCUUUUUCGAGACCUAGUGGAACCACCAAAUCAACCAACAAGAGAAUUGGGAAUCGAUGAUCAUUCUCAUCCGAGUCCUUUCGGCUGGCCCGAUUAUGAGCGUGUGGGAGAUCAUCCAUCAAGCCCGGCUCCAAUCCCAUCUCCUGGUCUAUCCCCUCGCAAUACUAAUGGACCGCAACCACGAGCUCCGCAAGCAGUAAACCUGAGCGACCUUAUAGAAGCCAUCCGUGCCGAUCUGGGGACACCAACUACACGAGCGACCCGUCAGAAUCGCCAAACUCCAAAUCCUCUUGCUAUACUAUCGGCGCUACUAAACAUGAACCCAAAUGGAGAUGCAGUAUACUCGCAAGAGGAACUAGACCGUGUCAUCACUUCACUGAUCGAGAACACCGGGCCCGGAACCGCGCCGCCGCCAGCAUCUGGAAAUGCCAUCCGGUCUUUACCCAAGAAGAAGGUUGACAGGGAUAUGAUGGGCCCGGAGAACAAUGCGGAGUGUUCUAUUUGCAUGGAUGCUGUGGGACUUGGCACGGAAGUGACUGUGUUGCCAUGCGACCACUGGUUUCAUUUCAGCUGCAUCGAGGCAUGGUUAACCCAACAUAACACCUGCCCUCAUUGCCGGCGGAGUAUCAACCAACGUCCAGUGCCUACCGAUGGAACCAGUGACAAUCCGGUGGUCAUACCGGACAGCCCUGAGCAGCCACGAUCUCGUCGACGUCUCAGUUCCGCUCGAACUACACGCAGUGGCCGCUCCUCUUUUUCUUCUUUGCAAAGCCGACUCUCCCCGCGGCUUUCACCCCGUCGCUCCCCCACACCCGAGGGACAAGAAUCCACUCAUGCUCCCCGCCGCUCCAGCCGGAGUGAGGGGAGCAACGGGGGAUUUACCAGCUGGGUCAUGAAUCGAUUUGGAAGCAGCACAUAA